AUGAAGAUGUACCUCAUCUCCAAGGGGUUAUGGGAAGCGGUUAACGCCACAUCUGGCGUCUCCGAGGCGAAGGAGCAGCAGGCGCAUGCGGCAAUCGUGCUCAACUUGAGCGAUACUCAGCUCAUGCAUGUCAUUACAACGAGUAGUGCAUGCGAAGCAUGGGGAGCACUCGCGCGAGUUUAUCGGACCCAAGACAUGGCAAGUCGGCUGUGGCUAAAGGAGAAGUUUGCGACAUUCAAGUUUGCGGCAUCGGACAUGAGCGCCCACGUUAUGGAGCUGGAGCGGCUCGUGCUGGAAAUGAAUGGAGCUUCGUGUGGACCAAGUGAAGAAGAUUCGUGUGCAACGUUGCUGCGAAGUCUCCCGGCGCAAUACGAGGGACUGGUGCAGGCUUUUCGCAUGAGCGUCACACAAUUCAGCUUUAAAGAUCUGGUGAGCAAGCUGAUCGCCGAGGAAGUGCGCAAGAAGGAUUCGACGCGCAUUGAAAACGAGACAGCGCUACAUGUUGGCAAACGACAGGAGAAGAAAAGCUUUAACAAAACUAGCGGUGGUCCGCGGAAGACAGGGAAAAAGAAAGCUGCUAAUGGCGAGAGACAAGAAGAUCACUCGAAUGUGGCGUUCACAGUCACUCAAGGAAAUAUGAGCGACUGCUGGAUCAUGGACAGCGACGCAACGGCGCACAUGUGCAAGGACAAAGACGCGUUUAUCGAAUAUACAGCAUCACCGACGACACGCAAUGUGAAAAGCGCGAAAAACAGUGCAAGCUUAAAGGUGCUUGACAAGGCACGGUGA